UCAAACCCCAGGGAAUGGAGCCAACCUUCUAUGGACUAAGACCUCUGAACUGUGUGGUCCUCUGGAUUCCAGUGAAUUCUGCAACCUCACAUGAUGUUGUGACCUGUAAUCCUUCACAGAGUGAAUCGAGGAGGAAAAUGCCCUGACUUCUCCACCCCCAUUCCCAUCCCCUGGUGAAAUUUUACUGGGAAAGGUCAAAACUUCAAGGGCAGGAUGAACAAGAAGAAAAGAUGAGGUAAAUGGAUGGAGUUGGAGAAUAUCAUGCUAAGUGAAAUAAGCCAAUCUCAAAACAAGAAGACCAAAUGUUUUCUCUGAAAAAUACUGAAUUGCAGGAGCAUGAAAAGAUUCUGUCUUCAGAUUUUCUUACAAAUGCCCAAAUCACUGAUUUGCUAAAAGAAAAUGUUGAUGGAGUUCAAGAAAAAAUGGGCAUGUUUUUGAAUUUCAGACAUCUUCAAACUUGUUUAAAGGAAGGCAUUCUACUAGAUUAUUAUGUGUCUGGAUUUUUGUGGGCUAAAGGAUUGGACUUUUCUAUUACUCAAUAUUCAAAAUUUAUGACUUUACUGGAUAUGUUGCUUCAUAAUCUUAGAACACUACAUAUGUCCCUAGAAGACAGCAUAAAGUGGCUUGGGGAAGUUAUGGCUGAGAUUGGACCAACCCAAUCACAAAAUAAUGAGAAACAGAAUAUCUUUGAUAUACGACAAGCCAAUGCUAUCAUUGACUACUUAAAAAUCAGCUUGUUUCAACACUACAGGCUAUAUGAGUUUCUGUUCUUCUCUACCAGGGAAGAAAUUGUGAUAGGAACUGAGCAACUGAUAGAGGUUGUCAAGACUUCAGUCCGCCCAUUCCCAGAGCCUCUGGUAGAAGGAAUCUCAUUGAAUAUUCAUUCAACAUUCAUAGAGCCACCCUCAACAUCAGAUACAGAAAUAAAGGGCUUGGAUCAAGAACAAGGCCCUGAACACUCCCAGUCAGAAUCCGACACUUCAGACAUGGAUCCUUUAGUUGGCUUCACCAUUGAAGAUGUAAAAUCAGUCCUGGCUCAAGUCACAGAGGACAUUUUAACAGGCAUUCAGACUGAGAUAAACGAAAAGCUGCAAAUACAGGAAGAGGCCUUUAAUGCACGAAUAGAAAAAUUGAAAAAGGCCUGAGGACUCAGAACAAGAAGAGUGAUGCUAAACUUCACAGAAACAAACAAAACAAGCCAGAAUAAUAGAUUCUCUAGAGCAUCACAUCUCCUUCAUUUAGUUGUGAAAAGAAAACCCAAGACCCACUUUUUAUUAUCCCAAGUAAUUAGAAUAAUAUUGGCCCCAAUUUUGCCAUCUCCUGUCCCAUAACAACCUCCAAAUUUAUUGAACUGAGUGUAAUGAAAGUGUUUUGUGUACAAGUUUGGAGAAUUAUAUAUAAAAAAACAAUUACUUUUAGGAUAGUCCUUUGACAUUUUGACUAAUAAAUACUAUUCAUCUUCAGUAAGAAUGAAGCCAACUUCUUUAAAUAACCAGAAAUAAAGAAAAAUAAUAAUAAUUUUAUUCAUAUUGAUCCAAAGGAACUGUCACAUUACUGGAGUACUGUGAAAAGAUUCCAGUACCACACUGCUGAAGACAAAACUUGCUAAACAAUGACAAUUCAAAUGCUUAUACUAAGGAAUUUUUUUACUUAAAUCAUUUGGUUUUCUUAUUUAAACGUUUCAGUGUGAAACCAAUUUUCUGAAAUUAUAUAAUGCAGUUUGAAGCAUUUUAAUUUAUUCUGCACUGUAUUUGUUAUUUCUAAUCUUGUUACUCUCCCAGGAGAAUACAUGACCUAUAUAAAAAGAAGCAAUGUAUAAACGGUUAUUAAAGACCAACCUAUAUAUAGAUUGUAAAAAUCUUAAAUACAAAUCAAACUCACACAGCUCCCAAAAUUAACCAUUUUAUUGCAGUGCAAUAAUUGAACAAUACCUCAUGUCUUUAAAUACCCUUUCGAACAUAUAAUUUCAAAACAAAAAUAGCCAUGAGCCUAGUGAUUGUCCCUAGUUAGACUAAUUAAUUACUGCCUAAGCCCUUUCCAAAGUUUUUGGACUUCAGAGUAUUCUGGAAUGGGGACAGAGCGUGGCUAGGUGAUUCCCUCAAAAAUUUUCAAGUGCAUCUGGGUGGUACCUGGUUGAAUAUAGGCUAUACCCUUACCUUUUCUAUUAGUAUCAAAGGAACUGCCCAAAAUAUAUUCAUAUGGGACAGAAAUGGACCUGACAGCUUUUGGUCAUUUUCUAACUAUUCUGAUCAACAAAGAAAGCAAAGUCGUAAACCAUGUUUAUUAUUCAUCCAGCUCCAAGGCAGCAGGUCUGGAUAUGUGUUUCUUCCCUGAACUGUCCUUCCUGAAUAAAAACUUUAAGGGCAGUAAGAGACCAUUAGGAGAGCUCCUAAGUCUGUUUCUCUCAGCAGUCUUUUCUCCUGGGAAAACAGUGAAACUGGGAUAACUGCAAACAGGGAAUAAAGCUUCUAGAAAUCACCAAGCACAACUUCAGAGGCAAUCAUUGGCACAGAGUGGACCUGAACUGCUAAUAAAGACUGUUUAUUUGAGCAAGGAUACCAGGAGUCUACAACCAAAUCAAAAGUAAACACUACAAAGAGACAAUAUACUCUAGAUAUGCCUGAAGUAGGGGCCUCUGUACUGUGCUCAGGUCUGAUGCUGGCUUUUCCAGUACCCUGGAAAAGCUACUCAAACUCUGUUUGUUCAUCAAUUAAAUGGAGAUAAUACUCAUUUUUAGGUAGUUAUGAGGAUCCAAUAACUUCAUAUCAAAGAAUAUUUAUUGUUUCUGUUACCUCAGGAAUGCACAAAACUCCCCUGCUCAUACCUAACACCCAUGGUCCAAGUGUUGGAUCCACCUCUCUGCCUGAAUUCUCAGCCUCCUCUGUCUCCUGGCACCUGUGGAUAGGCAUAUCCUCCCCCUCUUUUGAGGUCAUCCCACAAUGACCACUCUUGUCGCUCUGCUGCCCUACACCUUUCCCCAGAGAUCUCUGCCACAGUUCAAAUUUAAGACCUAAUAAUAAUAGGAAGAAAAACAGAGUAGCAGCAGCCAGAAAUUUUAAUUCACAUUCUCUAUGCUUUUCAAUUAAUAUUGAAUCAAUAAAGGAACAUAGGCAUUUGUAAAUUUAAAAAAAAAUUUAACGCAUACAAUGAUGAAAAAUAAGUCUCUCCCUAGGUACCCAUGUUCUUCUCCCCAGGGGCAACCACAGCUUUCAUCAAAUGCUUAGAAAAGUAUUGUUUGCCCAAACAAUUGGGUGUUUGUGUAAGUGUUCUUUUCAAACAUGAUUUGCAUUGCUCUUUAGAUUGUUCAUCAAAUAAUGCAUCUGGGAGAUAAUUCCCUGUAUCAGUGAAUUUUAAUGACCAUAUAUUUUAUUUUACAAAUGCCCUCACUUUUUAAAAAGGUCCUAUUGAUGAACUUCUUAAAUUGUUUCCAGUACUCUGUUGUCACGAUGCUGCAUUGCCAUCUUUGUGCAUAUAUCUUUGUAAAUAUAUGUGAUCAUGCCCAUAGGAUGAAGUUCUAGAGAAGAAAUUUCUAGAACAAAUUGUAUUGCAUUUUGAAUUUUGAUAAAUAUGGUCGAUGAUAUUUCACCAGUUUGUACAUCCACCAAUAGCAUAUGUGAAUGUGUCUUUCUCGACAUUGUCACCAAGGGCAUACAUUAGCCAAUUUUUUAUCUCUGUCAUAGUAAU